ACCUAGACAUCGAUACGACGCGACCCGAUCACGAAUCGAUGCCCGUGCCCAGACACGACGAGCGAGCGAGCUAAACAAAGAUGGCGGACGCGAGUGAAACUGAGGCUAGGUCCAGCCAGGACAGCUCGGUUUCCUCGACGGAGAGCAACGGAGAGACGGUCACCAGCCUCGAGUCUAGAAACAGCAACUCCGGUAAAAUAGAGAUACAGCUAUCAUCGCCGAGGAGCGGCGCGCUCAACAACAGUUUCAGACUUUUUUCAAACGUUUUCGGAUCAUCGCCAGUUAAAAGCACAUCUUCUAGGACUUUUGUAUUAAAUCCUCCGAAACUUUCGAACCCUUUCGCCAGUUCGCCAGAAAAAAAUGAAUCGGCAGAUGACCAGUCGGAUGACAAGACGACGAAUCCCGUCGACGAAAAAAACAUCAACCACUGCCAACACGAUAGAGAAGACAAGACGAAGCCGAACGACGGCAAGAUGAGACAGGACAUAGUCAAAAAGAUGGCCGAAGGAGGUAAAAGCGUAUCAUUCAUGCCGCUGCGCGGCGAGCCGGCGACACCGUGCAGCGGAGCGGCGAUACAGCCUUUUAGCCAGUCUUCCUCCCCGGCCCUUGGGUUCGUCUUCGGACAGAACAUACACGAAAAAGUCGAAGCAGCAGCCCCCGGUGAAACGUCUACAUCCGUCACAGAACCCGUUGGGGCUGCACAGGAAACUGAAGAGGUCAAGACAAAUGGUGCCACUUCUGAAAUGCUCUUUUCGUCGAGUAUUAAAAAAGAAAAUUCCGAAAAAUCUACAGAUACGAGUGGGAAGACGCUGAGCGAAGCAGCACGCGAAUACGAGGAAGCAAGGGCCGUCAAGAGAAAGUUCGAGGAGGUGCAGGUCGUCACAGGCGAGGAGGAGGAAUCGAACGUUUUGCAAAUUAACUGUAAGCUGUUCUCCUGGUCUGAGUACAGCUGGGUCGAGAUGGGACGGGGUACACUCAGAGUCAACGACACCCCAUCUACGAACCCGCCUCAGCACAGGUUAAUAAUGCGGACUGUCGGAAGUCUGCGAAUAGUCUUAAAUACAAAGAUUUGGGACGGCAUGUCCGUCGACAAGGCGAGCAGUAAAAGUCUGCGAAUCACCGCCAUGGACUGCCGAGGCGUUGUCAAAGUCUUUUUGAUAGUUUCGAGCCCUAAAGAUAUCGACCAGCUCGAAAGGUGCCUUUAUUGGAGGGUGCGCAACCUUAAGAAAUUAGAAGAGGGCAUAAACAAGAAAGCUAAGGACGGCGUGUAAAAAGCAAAAAACAACUAUGUUAAAAAGCAAAACAUUAUUUUGUCAUUUUUUAGUUCAUUUUCCUUUUUUUUUCUUUCUUUUUUUAACUACAUAAUCCCCCCUGAUCGAUUUUCAAACCUUCAACCCGCCGCAGCAAACAAAAACCAUCCCCCCCCUCAUGAAAAAAAAAAUGUAAAAUAAAAGAUUUUAAACAAUAUAGGACAAAUUUGACUUUU